CUGGCCUCCUCUCACGCCGUCACACGGCACGGGGAUUCGUUUCCGUCCCCACCUCCUCCUCCCCAUGCCGCCAUAAAUUGCCGGGUCACCACCACUCCCCGCCUCGUUCCCCAAUCCCAUCUUGCUCGCCCCCUCGUGUUGCUCGGACCUCGGAGCAAGCGACCCCAUCCCCAAAUCGUUCCUCUCGCCAGCCUCGUCGAUCCCUUCCCCGCCUCAAGAUGCAGAUCUUCGUUAAGACCCUGACCGGCAAGACCAUCACCCUCGAGGUGGAGUCUUCUGACACCAUUGACAAUGUCAAGGCCAAGAUCCAGGACAAGGAGGGCAUCCCCCCGGACCAGCAGCGACUCAUCUUCGCCGGCAAGCAGCUCGAGGACGGGCGCACCCUUGCUGACUACAACAUCCAGAAGGAGAGCACCCUCCACCUGGUGCUCCGUCUCAGGGGAGGCAUGCAGAUUUUCGUGAAGACCUUGACUGGCAAGACUAUCACCCUUGAGGUUGAGUCUUCUGACACCAUUACAACUGACAACGUCAAGGCCAAGAUCCAGGACAAGGAGGGCAUCCCCCCGGACCAGCAGAGGCUCAUAUUUGCUGGCAAGCAGCUUGAGGACGGCCGCACCCUUGCUGAUUACAACAUCCAGAAGGAGAGCACUCUCCACCUGGUGCUCCGCCUGAGGGGUGGGAUGCAGAUCUUCAUCAAGACAUUGACUGGCAAGACCAUCACUUUGGAGGUUGAGAGUUCCGACACCAUUGACAAUGUGAAGGCCAAGAUCCAGGACAAGGAGGGCAUCCCCCCAGACCAGCAGCGUCUGAUCUUUGCAGGCAAGCAGCUGGAGGAUGGCCGCACCCUUGCCGACUACAAUAUCCAGAAGGAGUCUACUCUCCACCUGGUCCUCCGUCUCCGCAGUGGUCAGUAAGCCACCGGUCAUUGAAGCUGCUGCUGUACCUGGGUCGUCUGGUUGCUUCCAUGAUGGGUGGUGUCUUUGAAGUAUCUUUGUCGUUUGUGUUGAAACUGUGUUUGGUUUGUGAAUUGGUUGGGACAAGUGUGUUUACAUGAAACAGUAGUGGUGCAGCAGUAUGGCUUGAGCAUGAAUAAGUGAUGUUUGAUCUUAUCUGUGCUCUGUUUGGUAGCAUUUUCUUCUGGCUUUGAUUAUGCCAGCUCUAGCUUAUGUUGCCUGAGAUCGUAUUCGUUAGCUUUUAAGUUCUGUUUGGCUUGUCUGUGCUGUGCAGAACCUUACUUCAGAUUUAAGCGUUCUCAGAUUCGUA